CACCUAGGCAUGCAGACUGCUUCUACAAAUAUUUGUGAAAGAAUGGGUCGCUCUCAGGAGCUCAGUGAAUUCAAGCGUGGUGCCGUGAUAGGUUGCCACCUGUGCAAUAAGUCCAUCCGUGAAAUUUCCUUGCUACUAAAUAUUCCACGGUCAACUGUUAGUGGUAUUAUAACACAGUGGAAGCAACUGGGAAUAACAGCAAUUCAGCCACCAAGUGGUAGACCACGUAAAAUGACAGAGCGAGGUCAACGCAUAGUGCGCAGAAGUCGCCAACUGUCUGCAGAGUUUAAAGAUCUCCAAACUUCGUGUGACCUUCAGAUUAGCACAACAGUGCGUAGAGAGCUUCAUGGAAUGGGUUCCCAUGGCCAUGCAGCUGCAUCCAAGCCUUACAUCACCAAGUGCAAUGAAAAGCAUCAGAUGCAGUGGUGUAAAGCACUCUGCCACUGGACUCUAGAGCAGUACUUUCCUGACUGCAUUGUGCCAAGUAUAAAAUUU